CUCGGCGCAAAGCCGCUUUCCAGCCUCAGGAAGUCAGGAUACCGUACCCCUUCGGCCUCUGCUGCAGUGCCAGAGCCUGCCAGCUACCUACCUAGCUGGGAAUGUGACUCGCUGUGUCCGGUGCCGCCAUAUCGCCAGCGCCAGCGCCAGCCUGGCCAUUUGAAGGUCUCACGGAUCUGUAGAAGGCGGCACAGGCUGCAGCGGAGGAAUGGCGACCGCUGCGGCAUUGGCUCGGACAGGGUGUGGCGGAGCGGGGUGCCUACGCAGCAAUUGGACGCGGGGCAAGGGCAGCGCGGAUGGAUCCGCAGCCCCAGGCCGGCUGGGCAGCAUUAGCAGCCCAAUCGGGGGCGAGGGCAGCCCUGCUUGGCGGCAGGCGUGCAAGGAUGUGGCGCCAAAGCGGCCUCAGGGCGUGCCGAUGCCUGCAGGGUGCAGGGCGACUGCGGGAGCAGCAGUGCGCGCAGAGCACACCAGUGCAGCCGAUGGUAAUGGAGCGGCCCCCUUCACGGCGUGGGACUCGCCCACGCUGUCCAAGGUGUCCAAGAGAACGGACCUCAAGAAGAUCAUGAUCCUGGGGGCGGGGCCCAUUGUGAUCGGGCAGGCCUGCGAGUUUGACUACUCAGGGACGCAGGCGUGCAAGGCGCUGAAGCAGGAGGGGUACCAGGUGGUGCUGCUCAACAGCAACCCCGCCACCAUCAUGACGGACCCCGGCACCGCGGACCGCACCUACGUGGCGCCCAUGACGCCCGAGCUGGCCACCAAGAUCAUCGAGCAGGAGCGGCCCGAUGCCCUGCUGCCCACCAUGGGCGGCCAGACGGCGCUCAACCUCGCAGUCUCCCUCAGCGAGAGCGGCGUGCUGGAGAAGUACGGUGUGGAGCUGAUUGGCGCGAAGCUGCCGGCCAUCCAGAAGGCGGAGGACCGCGACUUGUUCAAGAAGGCGAUGGAGAAGAUCGGCGUGAAGAGCGCGCCGUCGGGGGUGGCCACCACCAUGGACGAGGCCUGGCAGAUCGCGGGGCAGAUCGGGGACUUCCCGCUCAUCAUCCGGCCCGCGUUCACGCUGGGCGGCAGCGGCGGCGGCAUUGCGUACAACAAGGACGAGUUUGAGACGAUCUGCAAGUCGGGCCUGGCGGCGAGCAGCAACAGCCAGAUUUUGGUGGAGAAGAGCCUGCUGGGGUGGAAGGAGUACGAGCUGGAGGUGAUGCGCGACCUGGCGGACAACGUGGUCAUCAUCUGCUCCAUCGAGAACAUCGACCCCAUGGGCGUGCACACCGGCGACUCCAUCACGGUGGCGCCCGCGCAGACGCUCACGGACCGCGAGUACCAGCGCCUGCGCGACUACAGCGUGGCCAUCAUCCGCGAGAUCGGGGUGGAGUGCGGCGGCAGCAACGUGCAGUUCAGCGUCAACCCCGAGGACGGCGAGGUGGUGGUCAUCGAGAUGAACCCGCGCGUGAGCCGCUCCUCCGCGCUCGCGUCCAAGGCCACCGGCUUCCCCAUUGCCAAGAUGGCCGCCAAGCUGGCGGUGGGCUACACGCUGGACCGCAUCCCCAACGACAUCACCCUCAAGACGCCCGCCUCCUUCGAGCCCUCCAUCGACUACGUCGUCACCAAGAUCCCACGCUUUGCGUUUGAGAAGUUCCCCGGCUCGGAGCCGAUCCUGACGACGCAGAUGAAGUCGGUGGGCGAGGCGAUGGCCAUUGGGCGCACGUUCGAGGAGUCGUUCCAGAAGGCGCUGCGCAGCCUGGAGACGGGCCACGCCGGCUUUGGCUGCGGCCCCGUGAAGGAGCUGGGGUGGGACUGGGAGCGGCUGAAGCGCGCCAUGCGCGUGCCCAACCCGGAGCGCAUGGCCGCCAUCUACGCGGCGCUGCGCAAGGGCAUGCCGCUCGCCGAGGUGCAGCAGCUGACCAUGAUGGACCCCUGGUUCCUGCACAAGCUGGAAAGCCUGGUGGGCAUCGAGAAGUGGAUGGGGACGCGCGCCCUGCCCGACCUCACCAAGGCCGACCUGCUGGCCAUCAAGCGGCGGGGCUUCAGCGACAAGCAGAUCGCGUACGCGGUGAAGGCCAGCGAGGAGGCGGUGCGCGAGGCGCGGCUGGGGCUGGGCGUGGUGCCCGCGUACAAGCGCGUGGACACGUGCGCCGCCGAGUUCGAGGCGUUCACGCCGUACCAGUACUCCAGCUACGACGCCGAGUGCGAGAGCGAGCCGACGGCCGCCAAGAAGGUGCUCAUCCUGGGGGGCGGCCCGAACCGCAUCGGGCAGGGCAUCGAGUUCGACUACUGCUGCUGCCACGCGAGCUUCAGCCUGCAGGACGCGGGGUACGAGACGAUCAUGAUGAACAGCAACCCGGAGACGGUCUCCACCGACUACGACACCAGCAACCGGCUCUACUUCGAGCCGCUGACGGUGGAGGACGUGAUCAACAUCAUCACGCUGGAGCGGCCCGACGGGAUCAUCGUGCAGUUCGGCGGGCAGACGCCGCUCAAGCUCGCGCUGCCCAUCCAGCGCUUCCUGGAGAAGGCGCAACUCCCUGCCGCGUCCGGGGAGGGCCUCGUGCGCAUCUGGGGCACCCCGCCCGACGCCAUCGACGCAGCGGAGGACCGCGAAAGGUUCGAGGUGAUGCUGCGCGAGCUGGGCAUCGAGCAGCCCCCUGGCGGCAUUGCGGAGAGCGAGGAGGCGGCGCUGGCCAUCGCAGCCCGCGUGGGGUACCCCGUGGUGGUGCGGCCCAGCUACGUGCUGGGCGGGCGCGCAAUGGAGAUCGUGUACGACGACGCGCGCCUGGGCUCCUACCUGGAGACGGCCGUGGAGGUGGACCCGGAGCGGCCCGUGCUGGUGGACAAGUACCUGCAGGACGCGACCGAGCUGGACGUCGACGCGCUGGCGGACGGGCAGGGCGGGGUCGUCAUCGGGGGGAUCAUGGAGCACAUCGAGCAGGCGGGCGUGCACAGCGGCGACAGCGCGUGCAGCCUUCCCACGCAGACCAUCGGGCCGGAGCAGCUGGCCACGGUGCGCGAGUGGACGCGCGCGCUGGCGCUCAAGCUGGGUGUUUGCGGCCUGAUGAACAUCCAGUACGCGGUAAUGCCCGAGGGGCAGGUGUACAUCAUCGAGGCCAACCCGCGCGCCAGCCGCACCGUGCCCUUCGUCAGCAAGGCCAUCGGGCACCCGCUCGCCAAGUAUGCGAGCCUCGUCAUGUCGGGCCGCUCGCUGGCGGACAUCGGGUUCACGGAGGAGGUGCUGCCCGCGCACGUCAGCGUCAAGGAGGCCGUGCUGCCCUUCGACAAGUUCCCCGGCGCCGACACCCUGCUCGGGCCCGAGAUGCGCUCCACCGGCGAGGUCAUGGGCAUCGACGACAACUUCGCCAUGGCGUUUGCCAAGGCGCAGCUGGCGGCCAACCAGCGGCUGCCGCUCAAGGGCGCCAUCUUCGUGAGCAUGAACGACGCGCUGAAGGAGCGCAGCGUGCCCGUCGUGCGUGGCUUUGCGGACCUGGGCUUCUCCAUCUACGCCACGGGGGGCACCGCCGCCACGCUGCGCGCGGCAGGCAUCCCCGUCAACACCGUGCUCAAGCUGCACGAAGGCAGGCCGCACAUCGGGGACAUGAUUACGAACGGGCAGAUCGCGUUGAUGUUUAUCACCAGCACGACUGGGGACGCGCUAGACGCCAAAGACGGGCGGGCCUUGCGGCGCACCGCUUUGGCGUAUCGCGUGCCUAUCGUGACGACCAUCCAGGCCGGGUCCGCCAACCUGCGGGCCAUCAAGGGCAUGAUCGACAGCCCCAUCAAGAUGCGCGCGCUGCAAGACUACUUCCAAGUACCAGAAACGGCCAAAGUCUAAUGAUGCGGGUACCAAUACGGCCGGCCUUCACACAACCUUUGUUUGUGCACGUGUGAGCCAUAUAAGCAGAUUCUUGAGCGAGAAUAAGAGAUGAAACCUGUAGUCAGCAGAUUACCUAAAUCCGGAGUGUUGCGAAGUGCAACACUUAGUUGGAUGACAUUCUAGACAAUGAGUUUUUUUGGGGUUUCUAACAUGCCAGGACGGGACCUGAUUCGUGUCAGCAACGUUAAAUGAUUUUACUAAAUGCAUAUUGGUAUUGUAUGGUCGGAUUGGCAAUCAAGGUGUGGAUCUGAACUUCAGCUGAGCGGCAGGCUCUCUAUUUCUUCAUUGUUUGAAGCGACAAGGACUUUUGCUAGAAGCAUAUGCUUAGUAAUGCUACCGUAGUACACGUGCACUUCAAUAGAUUUAUAGCUAGCAAACCCUUUCAACUCGAAUAGGUGUAAGCCUUGGCCGCUUGGUCCACGAACAUGGAUCUUACCUGACGCCUUGAUCCGUGAAUGCAUGGCCG